UUUCUAAUAAUUUUUUUUCUUUUUAUUAUUAUUUUCAUCGAAAAACAUUUCGAAUUAAUUACUGACCAUUAGCAUACACUAAGCUACUAUAUCAAGAAAAAAUUAAUUGUGCUAUAAAAGCGGCAUCAUCUGACCGCAUAAUCACCAUUAGUGAAGUGGCUACUGUAUAGCAAGCAUCUUCGACUCGCUCCGACUACAAAUCUCAACUACCGGUUAUUGUUAAUAUUGGUUUUUGGCAUCGCAAAAUGCGUUUCGGCUCAGUAGUGUGGUUGUUGCCGCUCUUUUUCGCAUUGACUGCGGCACAAUUUGGAUUCCAGAAUGUAUUGAACGCACCGAAGGAUAUAGGAAGUGGUCUUAGCAACCUCGUGUCAAACGGUUUGACUUUUACGAAUCAUGACGACUUUUUGCUAAAAACCGGCAAAAGCUACCUCGAUGCUGCUGAAAAACAAUUUCGCGAGGCACAAUUUGUUGCAAGUCAAAACUUGGUUAGCUUGCACAAUGCCGCCAAGAAAGGUUAUACAUUGGCGCUCAACAAAUUUGCCGAUUUGACGCAAGCAGAAUUCUUAAAUUUCUUCACCGGUAACUCCAAAUCAGCUAGUGGCGAAGCAAAGGCCAGCGCAGAUCGUCAGGAAGCCAAACCGCCCACCACCAGAGUGCCGAACGCAUUCGAUUGGCGCACUAAAGGCGGUGUCACACCGGUGAAAUUCCAAGAUAAAUGCGGUUCGUGUUGGGCUUUUGCCACCACCGGCGCCAUUGAAGGUCAUGUUUUCCGUAGCACUAAAAAAUUGCCAAAUCUCUCCGAACAAAAUCUAAUCGAUUGCGGUCCAGUCGAUUUCGGUCUAAACGGUUGUGAUGGCGGUUAUCAGGAGUAUGCUUUCGCCUUUAUUAAGGAUGAGCAAAAGGGUGUGCAAAACAGUGCCACAUAUCCAUAUGCGAAUAAGAAGGAUACUUGCAGCUAUAAUGCCGCAAAUAAGGUGGCCGAAGUGAAAGGUUUCGCCGUAGUCAAACCGAAAGAUGAAAAAACAAUGAAGGAGGUGGUCGCCACAUUGGGACCAUUGGCAUGUUCUGUAUAUGCUUUGGAAACGUUAUUGCUUUACAAGGAAGGCAUCUAUGCGGAUGAGGAGUGCAAUAAGGGCGAAGUGAAUCAUGCGGUGUUGGUUGUAGGCUAUGGCAGUGAGAAUGGGAAAGACUAUUGGAUUGUUAAGAACUCAUGGGACCAGAGUUGGGGAGAGGAGGGCUACUUUAGAUUGCCACGCGGUAGCAAUUACUGUGGCAUCGCCGAAGAAUGCAGUUAUCCAAUUGUUUAAAUUAAGCGAAGGUUUAUUCUAAUGGUUCUAUAUAACGUAAUUUGAAGAAAUAUAAGAUUCGUACUAAAUAAUUUUUUUAGGCACAUCAUAUACUAUUUUAUUUACUUAAAACGAGUCGUACAAAUUCCUUUUUGCAAAACAUAAUAAUAAAAAUAAAAAAUAAUUUAAACUAAAGCAAAAUCAUCACGUUCAUCAUUGUAAUUGAGGACGUGCUGCUUAAUCUUGGAGCUAUCCACCCAUGUGACGAAAUCUUCUAAAUUGCGUGUUACUAAAAAUGCUGGAUCCGUAAUCAUAUCGGGGCCCACACGUAUAUGUCCUUGCUCAAUGAGAUCUGUCGCGUUUUUGAGAUUUUGGGAAAGCCGAUCUUGAAAAAUAUAAGAUGGUUGAUAUUUUUGGUUAAAACAAAUGUACAAUAUGGAAAACGCAGAUUCUACAUUUAUACAUUCACACAUUAUUACAUAACAGGAUCUGAAUUUUUGAACACGUCUUUUUCUUCCUAAGCUGCUCAUUUGUCGGAAUCGCCAAUAUCGGACUACUGCAGCAUAUAGCUACCAUACAAACUGAACGAUGAAAUACAUGCCCAUGCAUGGACAACUUUUUAGUUUGACGAGAUAUCUUCACGAAAUUUGGCAUGGCUUAUUGUCCAAGGCAUUAUUGUCAAAAUAAACAUUUUGUAAUCUCCUUUAUGUUAUAAUAAAUGCCCAUGGUAAGAGGUAACCUCUUACAUAUACAAUACAAUGAA